GCCGGCGUACCUGCAAGGGCAGGGCAAAGCCGUGACAACCAUCAAGGUGUACUUGGUGAACGUGACCCAGUUCCUGGCCUACUUUGCUGAAACGCCGCCGCCGGACAGCACGCUUUCCAGGGCGCAGAUCGUGCGCGCGACCAGGGCGGUGAAGGCUGCCUCAUCGCAGAUUGCAACUGGCAUUGUGCUGCGCCAGAUCCGCGUCAAAGCAGCCAAGGAGCAGCGGAUGGUGACAGCGGAUCUUCUUCGCAGGUGUAGGACCGGGGCUGCGCUGCAAAUCCCAAGGCUGCUUGAGCGGAUCGAAGCGGAGCCAUCCGCGGUGGAGCUCCGACAUCGCUUCUUUGGCUACUUUGCGCUGUAUGUGACCGCGAUCUACGGACACAGGCCCGGCGUCAUCUCCAACCUGACUACCGCCGAAGUCCAGGAAGCCAGAUCCAGAGCUUCCAGCACCUCUCCUGGGUUUGUGAUUAACGUGGAGAACCACAAGACCAACCGGAGCUUCGGGGUCGCACAGCUCUACUUGAAGUCGGACGAGUUCCAGUGGCUCACUCGGUGGAUCGCGGUUAGGGCCGGCCUCGGUCCGUCCUGUGACCUGGUGUUCUUCACCCCCGGGAAUGGGCCAGUGAAGAAGCUUGUGCACAGCGCACAGAGAGCCUGGAAGGAGAUGGGGCUCGCGGGGAGACCGACCAUGACUGACAUCCGCACCUCUGUUGCUACACUGGCAAGAAACACGCAGCCGAUGGAUGUCCGGAGCCAGAUGUCCAGGCUGAUGUGUCACGACACAGCCACUGCUGACAGGUUCUACGCGCUCAACCUGGAUGAAAAGCAGCUGGAUGACCUCCGGAAGAAGUUUGAAGAGGCCACACAGCCAGCCUCCCCCUCCCCAGGUGUCGAGGUCACCCUCCGUGACUCGUGAGGGUGAAGAAAAAGCUUAUUUAAUAAAAAACAUUACCCAUGGUA